UUGGGUUGUGCAAUGAAAAUAGUAUGUUGGAGCGGUGAGAUCAUCGCACUUUGCGCGUUCUCGAAUGCCAAGGCCGUCGCGACGCGUCGUGCAUCGCUCCUCCCCUUCUUGCAACCAACAUCAGCAACUAAAACACAAUCUCAACCCCCGGCUACAACCUAUGGCUCCCAUAAAACGCUCACAAGUCGAGAAAGCAAGGCAAUAUCUCACAGGCGGCGCUGUACUGCGCGAAGACUCCGACGACGAGCUUGGCUACGAAGACCACCCAUGGGACUGGAUCUAUGAAGAGGCAAACGCUGAUGAAGCGCAGCCCAGGGAGAAUGCGACACCACGAAAAAGAAAGGCGGCGCCUGCGUUGGCCGAGAAGCGCAUAGUGGGCGCGCGUAUGGGCAACUUCAGGUGCAAAUUAGGUGAUGCUGUUCUGCUAAAGGCGGAGGGCAACCAGGCAUGGGUGGGCAUUAUCUACGGUUUCUAUGAGGAUGGGGAAGAAGACGAGAAAAUGGCAAAGUUUCUGUGGUUCUCUUCUGAGAAGGAAAUUCGCAACCAGAACAAGAAACGCACCGACUUUCUGCCCAACGAGUUAUACAUAUCGACUGCUUUCGACGACAACCCGCUCGAAUCGAUCAAUGGUACCGCCAUGAUACUGUCACCGGAAGAAUUUCAGAAACGAUAUCCUGCAGGGCAACCCAAAAAGUCCUCGAAGGACUUUGGUAAGGUCUUUAUCUGUAGGAGAGGCUGUAACACCCGCACAGCCACAUACACACCCGAGUUCAAAUGGGAGGACGUAUAUGGGGGGGCUGACGACAUGCAAGCGUUGAUUGAGCUGGUGCAGGACCAGACCAAAGCAACCAGAAAAGGCCAUGGUCGCCCUAAGAAGCCACAACAAGAUCUGGACGAAUUUGUGGUGCCAGACUUGGACGAAGACGGUGCGCCAAAGACUCCUCGGAAGCGACGGAAAUUGACUGAUGCAACAACGCCUACCUCGACCCGGAAAAGCCCAGCUACUCGCAAGUUUCUUACUCCAUCACACAAGAGAAUUGUUCUCAAAAAGCAGCUGGAAUUUACGCCCCUUGGAACACGAACACUUUCUCCUUCAGCACUUGCGUCGCCCUUCCAGAUUGCGCGAAAUCAGCUUCAUGUCUCAUCCGUACCUGCAGCACUCCCUUGCCGCGAGGAAGAAUUCUCGACAGUCUACAGCCAUUUAGAGGCAGCAAUCACGGAUGGGUCAGGUUCCUGUAUCUAUAUCUCUGGUACACCAGGUACAGGAAAGACCGCAACCGUGCGUGAGGUUGUGGCUCAGUUACAUGCUUCAGUCUCAGCUGAAGAGCUGGAUGACUUCAUAUUUGUUGAGAUAAAUGGUAUGAAGGUCACCGACCCUCACCAAUCGUACUCUUUGUUAUGGCAGGCGCUUCGAGGCGACAGAGUCAGUCCAUCUCAUGCGCUCGAGCUACUAGAGCGGGAGUUCUCAACUCCCAGUCCACGUCGUGUACCUUGCGUUGUCCUGAUGGACGAGUUGGACCAGCUUGUCACGAAGAAUCAGUCCGUCAUGUACAAUUUCUUCAACUGGCCUGGACUACGACAUAGCAGAUUGAUCGUUUUGGCUGUCGCAAAUACGAUGGACUUGCCUGAACGAACGUUGAGCAAUAAGAUCAGCAGUCGCUUAGGUCUUACUCGUAUCACUUUCCCCGGUUACACACACGACCAAUUAAUGCAAAUUAUUCAGUCUCGACUUGAAGGCGUCCCGGGCAAUAUCGUGCACCCCGAUGCCGUUCAAUUUGCGGCGCGAAAAGUCGCAGCCGUAAGUGGUGACGCUCGACGCGCAUUGGACAUUUGUAGACGUGCGGUGGAGAUUGCAGAGACGGAAGUUAUAUCACACGACCAGGACGACGACGCGCAGCCCUUGACUCCGAGUAGGACUGGUCGGGGUAACAAGGGCAAACCCCUCCAGCCAGUCCGAGGCACCGGAACCCUGGAUGCCAUGCCACUGAAACGUGUGGGACGCAAAGGUGUUGUGACCAUCGCGACGAUCAAACAGGCCAUCAAUGAGGCCACCAGUAGCCCCCUACAGCAAGCACUGCGGGCCCUGCCGUUAGCGUCCAAGAUAUUUCUUGCCGCGCUCUUAACGCGCGUACGACGGACAGGCAUAGGCGAAGCCAUUCUGGGCGAUGUCAUUGAUGAAGUGAAGAAGAUAGGGCUGAUGAGCCAAUUGCAGCCUGUAACCGAGUACCUUCUUGCGUCUGGGAAAGACUAUGGAAUGGAUGGAAGCAAUAGCACGCAUACUCAGCUUGCUACACCGUCCAAGACUUCUGGCUACGAGCUCAAGGCUGCAAGGGUGUUUGGUCUUGCGUCCGCAGCUACGGAACUCGCUGAAGCAGGUAUCAUAGGCAUCGAGUCUCGUCAUGGCGAGCGUGUAGGACGUGUGCGGUUGGGUGUUGGAGAAGACGAGGUGCGGCUUGCGCUUGGUGAUGAUGAGUCUGUCAAAGGCAUGGGUUUUGGAGCGUGAUGCUAGCAUUUUGCUUUCAAAUGACGACGGAACGUGCUCUGCAGAUAUUACGGCCUUGCAACAGCAUGUUCAACAGCAGGAUACCCCACUAUUAUUUUAUGUCAAUAGCUCAAAAUAUUCUUCC